AUGCUAUACACACACCCAAAUACAGCACAACCCUACCCAUCUUCUCUGCCGCCCAUACCAAUCCCGUCCCUCUGAUUCUCCGCUUCUCCUCUCUCGGCGUCUCCGCUUCUCACUCGGCGUCUCCGACUCUCUGCCUCGGCGGACUCAUUUUCUCUCUCUAUCUCGCAACCUCUCCGGUUCCGGUUCUCCACCCUAGGCGCCUUCCAAGUUCGAAGCUCCUCUCUCAUCACACCUCUUAGGCAAUCCAUCGAAGAGGCGUGAUUGUUAGAGCCUCCUCUACGUUCUACCUUUUUCCUUCUCCUCCUCUACCGUCGCCGCGAAAAUACACGAAUGGUUCUUUUACAUCUUUGAGCCAUUUUUUCGGAUGAUGAACUCCAACUGGUUUCAUUUCGGCAAAGGAAGUCAUGAAUUUCACAACACUGUUUAGGAGGUUGAAUAUCAGAGAGUUGGUAUCAAACACACCUGUAUACAGUUAUGGUAGCGAUGCAUCUGGGAAGGGAUUGAGCUUAGUACUCCGCCGCUGGGCUACCAAAAAGACAGCGGGAUCCACAAAAAAUGGACGUGACUCAAAGCCCAAGAAUCUUGGAGUAAAGAAAUUCGGUGGAGAGAGGGUGAUCCCGGGAAAUAUCAUUGUUCGUCAAAGAGGAACCCGAUUUCAUCCCGGGGAUUAUGUUGGAAUUGGUAAAGAUCACACCCUUUAUGCUUUAAAAGAAGGGUGUGUCAAGUUUGAGCGUAACAAGCUGACUGGACGUAAGUGGGUGCAUGUUGAGCCCAAAGAUGGUCAUGUACUUCAUCCGAUAUAUUCGACUGCUGCAGAUCUUGAGCUGAAGACUGCUACUUAGAUUUUGCUUCUUCCAAUUUUAAAUCACGUACAUCUACUUAUCUGGAACUAUGGAGUGAUCAUCUAUAAGUCUCAUCAUGUUUGAAUUCUUGUUUCCAUUUAUUCAAGUUCACAUGGCCUCUUUAUGGUAGACAUUUUUGUUCUUAGUAAUAAUAGUCAUCUUUUCUCUUUGGUUGAA